UAAUUAUAACAGUUAGUUAAAGGUUAUAAAUAUUUAUCUUUAUAAUGCUUUGGCGUAUAAUUUUCUUUAUUGUGCCUAUCGUGUUUGUACAGUCAUACCCAAGUAAUAUAGUUGAAUUGGAAGACUCAUAUAGUGUACAUAAUACAGAAAAUGAAAUAACAAAUGGCAGAAUUCAUAUGACGUUAAAACAAUAUCACUGCGCAUGGAAUGAUUCCUAUAAUUCAAAGUUGCUGACAUUCGGCGCCAAAUCCUGGGUAUUCCCAAAGCAAGACGUUAACUUAGUUCUGUCAUAUCCUGACAAGAAUGAAACCAUAAAGAGUAACGAUGUGAUAACCAAAUUCAAUGUACUCAUAAUGAUAGAUAGCACCCACAGUAGAGGAUAUAUCACAUCUGGAGGAAUUCUUCAGGAUCACAUAUCCCUAUCUUUCGUGUUUAGCGGCAUAACAUCUCUAACAUAUCAGUUCUGGCUGUACGGAUUGCCGAAUGAAUAUCUACCCCGAAUCGAUCCUUACACAAAUGUGCAUAACAUGUGCUAGCAAUGUAGUUCUAGCUAUCUAAAAUCAUUUGGCAAAUGUUUGGUGCCACGCUGUAAACUUUUGACAAAUGUUUGGUGCCGGACUAUAAACGGUUGACAUAUGUUUGGAACCAUCUCGUAAACAAAUUAAAUCUAUUAAUUACUCUGAUGUACAAAACGCUAUAAAACAUAAAAUAUUUCAAAAUAAAGCCAAAAUCUUCAUUUUCUUACCACCUA